CCCGCGCGGGGUCCAGCCCAGCGCUGGGCCACCCGCGUCAAGACGGCCGAGAGCGCCGCGACAGAGCAGCUGGAGAACCUGACAGGCAUGCCAUCCAGACCAUUUGCAGAGGCAGCUUAACUCAAAAUUGACAUCCUGGGCUGCCAAGCCGGUGCCGACAGUAACUUGAGCAGGAUAGACCCCGGCUUCCAGUAUGGAUGCCCCGCUUGUCCGCGUUAUUCCUUCUGUAGACACCUGAGCCUCCAAGGCCUUCAGCCAAGACCUAUGGCAGUAACUAAAGACUCUGGAUAAGCUGCUUCAGGAUUCUUGACGUCACUGAUGCCCUGAUGUGAACAUCUAGCAAGAAGGUUGUUUGUCUGCACAGAUUGGGGUGGCGAUUUUUCCCUCCAAGGAUUUCAGAGUGCCAUCAGGCUUCAGUUCCAACUGAGAAGCAAAAGAAAAACAUCCCAGCUGCUCUGUUCUCCUUCAGGAGCCAGGGCAAAUUCCAAGAAGUAGCAUUUCAGGAUCAAAAGGCGCUCCCAGAGGCAGGGCCAUGCUCACGUUCAUGGCCUCUGACAGUGAGGAAGAAGUGUGUGACGAGCGGACGUCCCUGAUGUCGGCCGAGAGCCCCACACCCCGCUCCUGCCAGGACAGCAGGCCGGCCCUGGAGGACAGGGAGAACGCUGCCCAGUGGAGAGGCCAGGAUAGUGAGGAGGACCCCGAGGAGGACGCUGACCGCUAUGUCUGCAGUGGGGUCCCUGGGCGGCCGCCGGGCCUGGAGGAAGAGUUGACUCUCAAAUACGGGGCAAAGCACGUGAUCAUGCUGUUUGUGCCUGUGACCCUGUGCAUGGUCGUGGUGGUGGCCACCAUCAAGUCUGUGCGCUUCUACACGGAGAAAAACGGGCAGCUCAUCUACACACCGUUCACGGAGGACACGCCCUCGGUGGGCCAGCGCCUCCUCAACUCCGUGCUCAACACCCUCAUCAUGAUCAGCGUCAUCGUGGUGAUGACCAUCUUCCUGGUGGUGCUGUACAAGUACCGCUGCUACAAGUUUAUCCACGGCUGGUUGAUCAUGUCCUCUCUGAUGUUGCUGUUUCUCUUCACCUAUAUCUACCUCGGGGAAGUGCUCAAGACCUACAACGUGGCCAUGGACUACCCGACCCUGUUGCUGACCGUGUGGAACUUUGGGGCGGUGGGCAUGGUGUGCAUCCACUGGAAGGGGCCCCUGGUGCUGCAGCAGGCCUACCUCAUCAUGAUCAGCGCGCUGAUGGCCUUGGUGUUCAUCAAGUACCUCCCGGAGUGGUCCGCCUGGGUCAUCCUGGGCGCCAUCUCUGUGUACGAUCUUGUGGCUGUGCUGUGCCCCAAAGGGCCGCUGAGGAUGCUGGUGGAGACCGCCCAGGAGAGAAACGAGCCCAUAUUUCCUGCCCUGAUAUACUCAUCUGCCAUGGUGUGGACAGUGGGCAUGGCCAAGCUGGACCCCUCCUCUCAGGGAGCCCUUCAGCUCCCCUACGACCCAGAGAUGGAAGAAGACUCCUAUGACAGUUUUGGGGAGCCCUCGUACCCUGAAGUCUUUGAGCCCCCCCUGCCUGGCUACCCAGGGGAGGAACUGGAGGAAGAGGAGGAAAGGGGCGUGAAGCUCGGCCUCGGAGAUUUCAUCUUCUACAGUGUGCUGGUGGGCAAGGCAGCAGCCACGGGUAGCGGGGACUGGAACACCACGCUGGCCUGCUUCGUGGCCAUCCUCAUCGGUUUGUGUCUGACCCUUCUGCUCCUCGCCGUGUUCAAGAAAGCGCUGCCUGCCCUCCCCAUCUCCAUCACGUUCGGGCUCAUCUUCUACUUCUCCACAGACAACCUGGUGCGCCCUUUCAUGGACACCUUGGCCUCCCAUCAGCUCUACAUCUGAAGGGACGGGUGCCCUGGCUGGGAGCUGUAGGAAAUUGUAACUGGAUGCAGUUGUAUAGUUUGACCUCUAGUGCCAUAUGUUUUGUAAGACUUUUCUUUCCUUAAAGAAAAACAGGAAUAAAAAAGUAGUGUGUUUAUUUGGUGAAGAGGAAGAACCGGCUUUUUGGUGCUAGUGGUUUUGUCACCGGACUGUGGCUCAUGAGCAGUCGCUUCACUGACAGGAAACAGGAAGUCCAUCCAGAUGACCUGAGGCAGGUCCGUGACGUGGGGAAGGGCAUGGAGAAGGCCGCCCGGUCAUGCCUCAUAGCCUGGAGUGUUCCAAGGGCCAAGAUGAAGGAAGGUGUGCAGGAGUUGAUGCCGGGAUGGCACUUAGCGCUUGCUCACUCUGGUCGAAGAAGAAAAGCCAAUUUUCUCUGCAAGGAGUGUUCCCCAUGCUUUGUGUAUGAUGUCGCUGUUGUUUUAUUACCUUUAGAAACCGAGUUCUAUUCUUGUUAACAGCAGUUCCUGCUGGGAAGCGGCUUAAUAUUAAUGUCAAUAAAUAGAUGAAUUCUGUUGGAA